GUACCGGAUGUGCUCUGAUGUGUUUCCGCUCACUUCCUCUUCUAAACUGUCACGUCUUUUAACCAAACGUGCCCAGCGCUAUGGAUUAUAUUCCAGAGAAUGACAUUUACUGCACGAUACUACACUAAAGACCCGUAACUCCAUUUUGAAAAUCAGGACUAAGCCUGAGGAGCCAUGCCAGUGGAGAGCAGCAGCAGCAGUGCAGCACGACAGGCGAAGCAGAAGAGGAAGUCCCACAGUCUGUCCAUCCGCAGGACCAACAGCACGGAGCAGGAGCGCAGGGAGCUCAUGGAGACUCAGGACUCCAAGCUGCCUCUGUCCAUGCGCUCCAACCUCCUGGACCUGUUCAGCCAGAUCGAGAGGGAGUUUGAGAACCUCUACAUCGAGAACAUAGAACUGCGCAGGGAGAUUGAGACGCUGAACGAUCGCCUCACCGCAGAUGGACAAACAAUCGAGGGAUCAGACUUAGCUAAAGGAGCUCUCAAAACUAAAGCCAGUCACAGCACAAGUCAGCUCUCCCAAAAGCUCAAGACCACAUACAAGGCCUCCACCAGCAAGAUUGUGUCCAGCUUCAAGGCCACCACCUCACGUGCCGUCUGCCAGUUGCUAAGGGAGUUUGUGGGGCACCGAGAUGGCAUCUGGGACGUCAGCAUCACCAAAACACAACCCGUUGUUAUGGGAACAGCCUCUGCAGACCACACUGCCAUGCUGUGGAGCAUUGAGACAGGGAAGAGCCUGUUGAAGUAUCUGGGCCAUCAGGGGUCAGUCAACUCCAUCAAGUUCCACCCCACGGAGCAGUUGGCCGUCACAGCCUCUGGAGACCAAACAGCUCACAUAUGGAGGUUCAUGGUGCAACUGCCCACACCUCAACCGGUCACAGACACCACUCAGACAUCUUGUGAGGAGGAUGUGGAAUGCUCAGACAAAGAUGAGGUUGAUGUGGAGGGGGAGGGGCCAAAUGAGUGCCCAUGUGUGCGUGUGCCCACCACUACACUUCGCAGUCACCAGGGCGUUGUCAUAGCAGCAGACUGGCUGGUCGGGGGCAGGCAGGUGGUCACUGCGUCCUGGGACAGAGCAGCCAACCUGUAUGACGUGGAGACCUCUGAGCUGGUGCACUCGCUCACCGGUCAUGACCAGGAGCUGACCCACUGCUGCACCCAUCCCACCCAGCGCCUGGUGGUGACAGCCUCCCGUGACACCACCUUCAGGCUGUGGGACUUCAGAGACCCCUCCAUCCAUUCGGUCAACGUCUUCCAGGGACACACCGACACUGUCACCUCCGCAGUCUUCACAGUGGGAGAUAACGUGGUCUCCGGUAGUGACGACCGAACAGUCAAAGUGUGGGACCUGAAGAACAUGAGGUCGCCCAUGGCAACCAUCCGCACUGACUCUGCUGUCAACAGGAUCAGUGUGUCAGUGAGCCAGAAGAUCAUCGCUCUCCCUCAUGACAACCGGCAGGUGCGGCUCUUCGACAUGUCUGGAGUGCGGUUGGCUCGGCUCCCACGCACCAACCGACAGGGGCACCGGCGCAUGGUGUGCUGCUCGGCCUGGUGUGAGGACAGCGCCCCCUGUAACCUGUUCACGUGUGGCUUCGACCGGCAGGCCAUCGGCUGGAACAUCAACAUCCCAGCUCUGCUGCAGGACAAGUGACAAAGCUCUCCUGCACUAGGCCUGAGCACUGUGUCACAUGUCCUUUAAACACACGAAGGGGAGUGAACCUUUAAAUAGUUGCACUUUUAAACACACGCAGCUGCUACAAUGGGAGGCUUUCAAAGCACAAACGUGUGGGUUUGAACAAGGGACUCAGAGUAGAUCCAUCAAGAAAUGAUUGUGAAUGUGUACUUGUUCGUAAACCACUAAAGGAAACUGCCACAUUAGACUUUUGGUUUGAACAACAGCACAAAGGCAACUGUCUUGACUAUUUUUGUUGAAGGAAUUCAGAUUUUACCAAACUCUGCCCCCUGGCUGCAAGCUUACUGUCAACUCAAAGACUUGGUUCCUUAGAAUAGGAGAUGACAAUUAUGGCUCCCACUCAUUAUCAUUCACAGGUUUUUCUUCACUAGUCAUUGUCUUUUUACCAUCAUAUUUCAAAAAUGUCUGUGUAAUCCCUAAGACAUCCAGGUAUGAUCCGUAGCAAAAGAAAAAUUUAUUUCUAUCACCUGGACAAAAUGUUUUAGAGGUUUUGCUUCUUCAGUUCUGGUGGAUACUACCUUAUCUGAAGAGGGGAACUAACUAGACUGAACUAACGCACUUGUCUAUAGGUAAGGCAAGGCAAGUUUAUUUGUAUAGCACAAGUCAUACACAAGGUAAUUCAAGGUGCUUUGCAGAAUAAAAAAGACAUUAAAAUGACGAUACAACAAAUCGAAGCAUAAAUAAUCACAUUUAUAAACAGUUUGUUUGUUGGCAAGGACUAUUGAACUACACUAAGUGAGAACUGUGCCUGAGUCAUAUUUUGCACAAUCAUUCAGGCCCCUGAUGGGUGCAGACUGAGACACAAAACAGCCACUCCAUAAGAGAAUGUACCAACACCGUUGCAAGAGUUCCUCAGGACCCCAGUCUGCUGUACAUCUCCAGCUCAAAGCCACUAACCACUCCUUUGAAGUGAGUGAUUGUCAGAUCUGAGUCAGACAAAAUAAAUCAUUUGCGAGGGGAGUUAAAGAGGCUUUUUUUGUUAGGAAAGACAAUCCUUCUUUGAAAAGGAAUGGGGGCUUAGACAUAAUUUAUCUUCUAUUUAGUCCUUCCUCAGACCUAAAUCAAAUCAAGGAAACCAAUUGUGCUAGAUAUUAUGCUAAUAGGUAUGAAAACACCCAUUAGGGACUUCAAUGACUAUGUAAAAUAUGACUAAAACAGAAACUGUAAACAACCAGUGUGUUAGUUUCAGUGUAGUUAGCUCCUCCUUCAGACAGAUAUAAAGCCGUGUCCAGCAGUGAUCUGACCAGAACUGAAGACGAACAGCGAAACAGCAUCACUUAGAAACAUCUUUCCAGUUGACAGAAUUUAAUUUUUCUUUUACUAUAUAUCAAAAAUUGUGGCUUUUUCUUAUGAAUGGUCAGUCAGUUGUUGUCUCAUGAACAUGUUGUAUUGCCUGGAAUAUUCCACGGUAUGGCAUUAACUUAUCUGUCUUUCAUUUUUUUGAAUUACAGAUGUUUUUAUAGCCAAAAAUAGUUGGUUUGAAGGAGUCAUUUACUUGUCUCCAUGGGCAUUGUUAAAGGUCCUAUAUUACACAAAAUUGACUCUUGUGAGCUUUAAACCAUAUUGAAAAUUCACCUCAUUAGAAACAUACCCAGAGCUCUGUUUUUUUUUUAUUCACACGUUUAAAUAACACUUUAUUAUUAGUCUGUCUACAUCUCCAAAAUGCUCUAUUCCACCUUGUGAUGAUGUUAGUUUUCAAGUUAACAGCUCCUUUUACCUUUAAUUCAGUAGAAUUUGGCAAAUCCAGGGCUUAAAUCAUUCAAUUAUUUCUUGUGAAGGUGUAUGGAGUUUAAAAACACAAUGGAGCAAAGAUCAGCAAAUAGUGUAAUAUGGGCCCUUUAAGUUUUAUGUGUAAUGUGUAACAUUCCAGGCAAGAUGACAACAUCUCCAGGGAGAAAAAAGCCUUUGGACCCUCCACCUAAAAACUUACAUAGUGCCACUUUAGUUUACUGUUUGUUUCACAUUCAUUUAUCUCAUAUCCAAUAUGAGCGAUAUUUAAAAUCACUCUAUUUUCAUGUGUGAUAGACAGCUUGGUGUACCCAUCAAACCAGAUUUCUUCCCUGUUGUGUGAAGUUUAGUGGGUUGCCAUAGGAGCAGCUGAGGAUUCUCCUCUCAUCUAUGAGAACUGGCUCUUCCGAUUGACUUGAAAGUAUCGGUUCUUUGAUCUGAGUUGAAUGAGCCAUUUGUAGGAGUAAAACCAGAGUGUAGAAAGUCAGUCUGUCCUGCCAGAAUACUUUAACCAUUCCCUGCAUAAAAACAACUCACAAACUAUUGUAAUGUUACUGCACAAUAAUGAGCCUUAUGUUCUCUGCCUCUCAGCUUUCCAGAGGCUUUAUUGUAAACUUAGCAUAAACUUAGCAUUUUGUUAUGAUUUUAUACUCACGGUGCUGCUUUUGAAUUGAUCCUUUUAAAUGUGUGUAAUGCAUUUGUAUUCUAUGUUUGAUCUCAAGACGAAACGCAUACUGGGCCUUUGAGUGAUGUCGAGUGGUCCAGAGGGAGAAAGGGAAAUCAUGAAAUAAACAAGUGACUGACAAGUAAAAGUACUGUUACUUAAAAAGAAUUUUACUCACGUAGAAGUACAAAGUGGUAACCCAAGAAAUUACUCAAAUAAGAGUAAAAAGAAACUUCUGCUAAAGUAAAGUUUGGACAUACCAUCUGGUUUAUAUAAGAAAAUGUAAUUUCAACAAACAGAGCAUUAAAUAAUACUAAAUUUGGUAUUUUCAAAGACACAAACAUGACACAAACUAAAUCAUAUCUGAAGGAGCUGCAAAAAACAAAUGUUCAAAUCAUUUUAUAUUGUUACAUGAAGCUUAAGUCACUUUAGACUCACUCACAGAGGGAAGAGGAACACAGCUUUUACUCAAGUAGUACAGUCAGUUACACUGUCAAAUAUAUUAUCAAGUAGGGAGUCAAGUAUGGGGUCUGAAAACUAAACUCAGUAAAAUGUAUUUGAGUAAAGGACAUGAAAAGUAUUAGUAUUUGUCAAAGUGUGUCAUACGUUGAAAAAUUACAUAUGUGUUUUUAUUGCAUAUUGGCUUUUUAUUGCAUAUGGCUUGGACAGUGAAUUCUGUAAAGCAGCGAAUGAUGGAGGGUGGUGACAUUCUGAAACAACAUCUUAGUCACUGCUGAGAAA